GUCACAGGAAGUACGUAGGCGGAAUCUGGAUUGUAAACAAAAACGGACAAUCACUACAUUGCGUUUCUGAGCCCAAAUUAAAACUAAUUUUUAAAAAUACACAUAUAUUGACUAUCGUUUUGCCAUUCGAAGGUUGUUGGAGGUUCCAGAUGUCCAGCAGUGGUUGAUGCAAUAAAGAAAACACUAUUUGGUGUUGUGGGCCCGCAGGAUCGACUGCAGCCGGCAUGUCUCGAAAACAGACUCCAAAACCUGUACGGAGUAAUAAGAAGAGUGAACUGGAGCGGAAAAGGGACGAAAGAGCGGCGCGUCGGGCCAUCGUCAAGGACCGCAAGAACCGACCUCAGGACGGAGACGAUGGGGCGGAGUUUGUCAGUUUCUCCAAUCAGCUGCAGGCGCUGGGGCUGAAGCUGAGGGAAGUCCCCGGGGAUGGGAACUGCCUGUUCAGAGCUCUGGGGGAUCAGUUAGAAGGUCACUCCAGGGGUCACCUGAGACUACGACAGGAGACCGUGCAGUACAUGAUGUCCCAUCGACAGGACUUCGAGCCCUUUGUUGAGGACGACGUUCCCUUCGCACAGCACCUGUCCAACCUCUCUCAGCACGGAACGUUCGCCGGUAACGACGCCAUCGUGGCUUUUGCUCGGAGUCAACAGGUCAAAGUGGUGAUCCAUCAGCUGAACACGCCGCUGUGGGAGAUCAACGGAGCAGAGAAGCAGGUGUGUAGAGAGCUGCACAUCGCAUACCGUUACGGAGAUCAUUACGACAGCGUGAGGCGGAUCGGAGACAACUCUGAGAGUCCUGCUCAGCUCCGAAUAGAGAAUCUGCAGAACUCCCACGGGCAGCAGCGUGAGUUUGGAGACGGACAGAGGGACAGACAGAAGAACACGCCCACCGCAGCCUCGGAGGACGACAACGUCAUCCUGAGCUCCAUCAAGAACCGAGGAAUCCAGGGUGAUGAGGAGAACCUGCUGCAGCUCAGCGCCGCCACCAUCAACGCCCAGUGGCUGCUGGGUUCGGUUCUGGCCCAGUCCCAGUCCCAGUCCUGUCAGGGCUCCUGCUCCUCCGGGUCCUGCUCCGCCUGCAGAGGUGUGACCUCAGACUCAGGCCCCACCCCCCAACAGCCACCAGAGGGCAGCAACGCACACAAAGCCAAGGUUUCAAACAAACAGAGGAAAGAGCAGCAGCGACAGGAGAAGAAGAAGCGUCAGGAGGAGCGGCACCGGCAGAAGGUUCUGCAGUCCAAAGGGAACCAGGACCAGAACCAGAACCUGCCCCCAGAGGACGAUGUGACGCUAGUACCGGCUCUGAACACCCUCAGUAUAUAAACUGGAGACCACACCCCCAACCCCACCCACAUCCCUGCUACUGUAGCUACGGCAACACACCCCCCCCCCCCCCCCCCCCCAGCUGCUGUCCACUGAGGUUUUGCACAUGAUGAAUCUGAACAGAACCUUCUGCAAACAGUAGAACGGUCCUCAGACCUGGUCCACCUCAGACCUGGUCCACCUCAGACCCCUCUCCUUUUGCUUGUGGUGGGCGGGGCAUUUCCCACCAGAUUUGGCUGAUGUUUGUUUGGAAGGUUCAGAUCUUUGACCAAAGAAGAAGAAACAGGACGUCCAUGAGUGUGUUCCAAGUGAGUCAGAGCAGACGGAAUGAACGAAUGUGGCAAUAAAAAUAAAUAUAAAGACAAUCCACUGGUUUUUGGUCCAAACGCUCAUAGAAUGCACACAGUCUGAGUCACAUGUUUGUGUUUAUUUACAUGAACAAACAUUUUGUUCAUUUUAUUGAUUAUUUUGUUCAUUUUGUAGAUUUUUUUGUUCAUUUUGUUGAUUAUUUUGUUCAUUUUAUU